UUCCCCGGCCUUGUGUGUUUAGGACUUACCGCCAAUUGUCAGAGGAAUGUUCGUGUACCGGCCGUGAGAAUGGCAUGACGACACUGGGCCCUAACACCACCUCCCCGACCCUCUUCAGCUCGCCACCGGUCGAGUCUCUAGUCGUCCUCUACGUGCUGGUCCUGGCCGUGGGGUUGCUAGGCAACGCCUUCAUCGCCACGGCCAUCUGGAACCAGCGGGUCGUCCGCAACAUUCUCCUCCUCAACCUCUGUGCUUCUGACUUUCUGGUGUGUGGGCUCAGCGGCCCCGUCAGCGUUGUCGCCGCCCUACACAAAGGAUGGAACUUGGGCCUGAUUCCUUGCAAGAUCACAUUCUUCUUGCAAGGUGUGCCUGUAGCUGCGAGCACCUGGUCACUGAUGAUGCUCUCUCUAGACCGCUAUACUUCCAUCCAACACCCCCGCAUGUUGACAAGAUUCCGUCAGCGACGUCACCUUUCACUGCUGAUGAUUGUGGCCGUCUGGUGUGUCUCUCUGGCCGUCUGUUCGCCCCUCCUCUAUUGCCGCACCUUGGUUGGCGAAUCCUGCGAAGAGGUGUGGGAGGAUCCUACUCUAUGGACAUGCUGGGUGGUCGGUCACGUGAUCCUUGUGUACCUGGUACCGGGUCUGACAGUGGCGGCCUGUCAUCAUUCUGUGGGCCACAAGCUGUACGCUGCAUCUCUGUCCGCCGCCGCUGCCAACGGAGAUAUCCCUCUUCCCAUGCCCAUCCUCGGUCGACCCAAGGAGGUCAUCAUUGUUGCCUCGGUGCAAAACGACGUUCCGUCCAAAGUAAUACAUUAUCGACAUGACCAAGAGGACUCUGACGAUGCUAAGAAUGGUGCCAAGAUCAGGUCGGACAUCGCUGACCACAGGCGACUGCAGGCGGGACGACAGACCGACCCGCGCCGGAAGAAGCUCCCUCGGUCACCCAAGGAAGCUCGCGCAGCCCGUAGCCCUCGCCGUCCACCACUGACCAAACAGAUGUCUCGACAGUCUCUACACAGCCGCCGCCGGCUUGCCAACAUGCUGGUGGCUCUGGUCGUCGUCUUUGCGACCUGUUGGCUUCCAUAUGUUUCCCUCAGAAUCUACUCGGUGGAUCCCACAUCGGAUUCUGAGCUGAUUCAAAGUUUUCUUCCCUUCUGUCUGCUACUGGGUCACACCCACUCCGCCAUUAAUCCCAUCGUCUACUGGUUCCUCAACCGGCAGUCUCUACAGACAACUUCCUGUGUCGCCUGGCUCCGCAAGGGUUCUCAACGCGACAAACUCGGCAGUCACUUCCGGUUCCUGGGCGGUGGCGGGCAGGUGGACCAUCGGAGGCCCUCUUCCACGAACGAGGCCGCCUUGGGCAUCUUCCACCCGCGUUACACCGUCCCCAAGCCGAGGCCGCGACCCCAGCCUCGCGAGUCUUCUCAGUUCUACGCCUAGCAGCAGUAUGAUUCCCCUUGUCCCACCCCGGGCCUCAUCCGCACUCAACCUGUGCGCUGAUAUUGUUGUCAUUGUGAUAAAUAUUUAUCUAGAUUCAGGAUAUGAACUCGUUUAGAAAAGUAAGUCUAGUCCUUAUCGAUAGGAUAUGAAAAUUUUUAAGUAUUUAUAUUCUUACGGGAAAAACUAACUGAAAGUGGUUCUAGCACUUUCAUACAGUUUAAAAAAACAAACAUUUAGUGAGAUAAGCUACGGGUUAUUGAUAAUGUUUCUUUCUGUAUUUUCUAAGACGGAGACUUCUUGUUUACUGCUGGAGUGUAUUGAACAUCGAAAUUCUUUUAUAAUUCUAUCAUCACAUAUAAAAUACAUUAGAUUUUGUUCAUGUAAAGUAAUAUAGGACAUUAGUUGAAUAAUAAGUUUUAUCUUGCCUAGUUAAAAGAUGUAAUACAUAACUAAGUAGAAUAUUUCAGCUUAAUAUGGUAAUUGUUUAAACUCUAUAUCCAGUGAUAAAUACAGUUGAAAGUUGAGUAUUGAAAUAAUACAUUUUAAUAUGUAUACAAGAAUAAAUAGAAUUUCAUAAAAUUUAAAAAAUGGAAAUAAGAUUUUAUGAUUGUUAUGAUUUAAUCAAACGCUUCGUUAAAAACUCAUAAACGCUGCGUGUUCGAAACACUUCUUAAGUUGUUUAAUUCUUUGUUAAAUUGGGUUUUAAAUGAAUGUAUGAAUAUGUUUAUAAGAGUGAAAUGGUAUAUAGCUUCAAAUCGCCAAUCUUUAUACAAGUUUUCAGAUUAAAUAGUUUUAAAUGUUGUAACAGACAAUCAGGCCUUAUCCUAGGUGUUACUGGAAAGAGUUGGGUUGUAACGUAAUCGAUAAAUGGUUUAGGAACACUAUUUGAGGACUCUUGGUGCUAUAGGUGUAUACAAUUGUUAAAUUAUACAAAGACAUCAGUACGUACAUUCAAAAGUGCAUUAGGUUAUUGUUAGAGCUUUAAAAACAUUUAUUUAUGGCGUUCUGUAAUUUGUCUCUUAAAUAUUAUAAUACACUUAACCGAUCGUGAAAAAGUAUCGCAUUGAAGUGUUUCAACUAUCGAUUAAGGACCUUGGGUAAGGUUAGAUAUAAAUUAGAACUCAUGUUUUAUUUUAAUAGUAAGAGUAGAUAAAACUGAUGUUAAAACAAUAUCUGACCACACUACUGAGCAUUGUAAUCUUAGUGUGGUGGAUUGUAACAAAUUAACAGUUGAGUUAAAGAUUUUAAAACGAUUGUUUUUAGUUAUGCUUAGCGCAUUGUUCGUACUCCACUGUAAUGUAACAGGCUAGACUAACUAAAUCUAGGAAAAUUUAUUGACUGGGAAACAGAAAAUAAGAAUACACCUGAUUAUUAUAAAUAUUGCACAAUCUUUAUUCUGUUUUCUAAGACCCUGCUAGAGACUAGUGGCCAUAGGAUGGACAUAAUAAGGCUUGAAUGGAGGAUAAGCAGCUCCUUAACAACUUAAAUACUGGCAUUGUAAACUGCGAGAACGAAUGCUAAUAUAAAUAAUACCAAACAUUUUAUUACAGAACCGAUUUAUAUAGACGAGUGCCAAUAACUAUAAUGCCAUAUUUUUACUCAUAUAACUGGUGCGAUACCCAUACAUAACAUUAUAUUUCAUUAUAAGAACAUUUUUACUAUAUUUAAAUAUAAAAUGUUUAAGUUAACUUUGGAAGAACAAAUUUUGAACGCAUUAAACCAUAUGCAGUAAAUUUUAGGAGUAAAUAUAAAUUAACUAUAAUAUUAGUCAUAUUGUUUGUUUUAAACUAUUACAAUCGCAAUUAUAGUUCAGAUGUUAUUUAAUUGUAAAGUUGUUAACAGUUUUCAUUGUGAUGAUUUAUUUUAUGAUAAAGCUUUUAUUACUUGGAGAUUUAAAAUGAAAAAGCAAUCUCAUGGUUUAAUACAAAAGUUAAAGGACUAUAAAAAUGGAGCUAAAUUUGUGUAGUAUACAAUAAAAACCUAAUUAAAUAUUAGUGGUUCUGCAACACUCAUAAAAUAUUGAUAUCAUGCUCUAAUGACUUACGUACACUAUUCAUCAUACAAAAGUAUAUAUUCUUAGUUUUUGUAACGCAAUAAAAAUAAGAUUACUCGUACUAUAAGGAAACUGCUGGAAUAUUCACUAAGUGAAUGGUGUGAAACUAGUUAUAUUAUUAUUUGCAUGUAUAUAUACAACUGUGAUCAGUAUGAAAAUAAAAUAUUCAAUAACCUCAUAUUUCGUGCCCGACGAGCGUGAUAAACGCGUGAUAACAGACUAUUUACUGUAUCAGCUGGAUGUGUUCUGGCCUAAGCUCCUUGUCCAUCUACCUCCUUAUAAACCUAGCUGCUUUUCAUGCAUUCUCCUCUUAGUUUAUAUAAGUAAAAAUAUACCCUUAAGAAUAUAUCACUCAUUAUUUAUUUCCUAUAUUCAGUGUCAUAACAUUAGGGGUUCAUUACUUAAGUUAAUAUUCCAGCUCGUGGUUUCUUCUGCAAUUUACAUAAAAUCAGAUUUAUUAUGCAUAAGAGAUACAAAUUGUUAAUAAUACAACAGAAUAAGAGUAAAUAUAACUAAUUAGUCAAUUGAUAAUUAGUUAAUAAUAAUUGUAGUUCAUUACAGGAAUGGAACAUUGAACGUUAUGCAUUUUAUAAUAUCGUAUUCCUCCAUAAUAUGACACCACCUAAAUAGUAACUUAGGAGCUGCUCAUCUUAAAAAGCAGCUUGAAAAAUACCACCAAGAGCAUCAUUGCCGUUCUACACGAAACUCUUCACAUAAUCCCAUCAACCAUUGGCCUUCAUAAAAUUAAACUACUCAUAAAACACUCUGUAAAGUCUACAUUUCUCAAAUUUGCGCACCAUACUAAAUGAUCUAUAAGCAUCUAUGCUUUGAAUUUUUCACUCAUCAUUUUUAACUCAUCACUAAAGAAUAUUGCUGCAUAGAGAUCCGUCAUCCAAUACUCUCUUCUUUUCUUUUACAACGAGGAUAUAGGUGAAGAUUACUCUUCUUUCAGUAUUCUUCUUUGCCGUCUACUCCGUUAUAUGCAAAGCAUUCAUUUAUGUUACAUCCCUUUCUUUUAGAUUCACUCGUGCUUCUUUGUACAACAACUUCUCCUCAGUCAUGACAUGUAAUAGAAUUACCCCAGCAAUGACACAGACGAUCCUCGUGGGACAGGGUGAUAUAUAUGCUAUAAUCACGUUAAAUUGUUUUCCCUUAAAGGAUCAUCUCCUUUAUGUUCAUAGCUUGUUACCUAUCCCUACAACCUCGUUUUUGAAAAGCAAACAAGAUACUAGUUUUCACUAUCCAAAAAUAUAACCUACUACGAUUCUUUUUGAAACUAAACCAUAAGGAACUUAUCAUAUGUGGAAGUUAGUGUUUGAAAUUUAGUAUUGGAUGGCUAAGCAAUAUUAGUAAUCACGGUAUGGAAUGUUAAAGAAGCGAUACCGUCAAUAUAGAGUUGGUCAUUUUGAUUAGUGGCGAUUCAAGUAACACUUGAUAAUAUAUAUGGAUCUUAUGGAAGUGAAAUAAUCAGACAAGCUGAUUUAAUUGCUAUAAAUAAUAACUAAACACUUUAUUUCUAUAUUACUUUUGUUAUUCAACGACUCCUUCUUGAUCAGUCUUAGAAGAUGUACUUAACCUCAUUCUCCCUUACAGACUUCUGUAAAGCUUUGUACCUUAGCCGACCGGGUCAACUGCCUUUCUCUCUUGUUGACAUGUUAUGACUCGUUCGGCGAUUAUUGUAAUGUAACGUAACUUCUGGGGAAUUUAUGCUUAGUCUUAAGCGAUACAAGCAAUGCGUAACCGUUCCCAGUGAAUAACGGUUCCGGGCAACUGUGUGUUGUUGAUGUUAUUCGCAUAGGUAGUUGAUACUUAACUGGAUAUUUUACUAUACCGUGUUUUUAAAUGUUUAUUAUGACUGUUGUUAUUGGUGUUGAAAUGUAACUCGUAAGCAACACUAUAUUUUUAUGGCUCUUAAAAAGCAAUAGGCUGUAAUUUUUGGGUUUGAGAACACUAUUUUGAUACGUAGUUCAUAAUACUGUGAAUAGUGGUUUUGUACUCAGCCUACGGUUACUGUCAAUAUCUUACUCUAUAUGAUACUAUAAAAACUGUUUAUGGGUUUACAAACGUUCUUAGAGGUGUUAUACUCAUACAAAACUGUAUAGAAGGAUGCAGUAUUAUUGUAUUUUCACAUUUCAUUGCAUCAAAUCUUUAAUCGAAUAAGUGUUAUAACGUAUCUUUUGUGGGAGUGAAUACACAUCUGACGUACCCGUAUCGCAAUGUUUUCCACUUUAAAAUAAGAAAAGGCUCUUAAUAGUUCUGAAAGUAAAUGUUAAUUGUGUUUUAACUGAAGAUUUGGCUGUCUGUAAUGUUGGUUGUUAUUUUUAAUUAAAGCCUCUCAAUAAAUUUAGUGUUGUUGAUUUAUAAAAGAAAUUCAUUUUGAAAACGUCUCUUGUACAGAUAUUUAACUAUUUUUCACUAUUGUUAAUAAAAUUAUAUUUGUAUAAUUCAAUGGACCAAUAAAGUUUUAGGUUUUCUA